AUGACCGAUUUCCCAAUGAACGAUAUCCUAAGAUCGUUUAGAAAAAUGCGCAUGCAUAAGUGCUCCGGUCAAGGCACUCACCUGAUUCCGCAUCAUCAUCAUCAUCAUCAGCAUCAUCAUCAUCAUCAUCAUCAUCAUCAUCAGCAGCAGCAGCAGACCCAAAACUAUCCGCACUAUCAACAGCCGCCCGUUCAACAGUCCAAAGAUCUGAAAAAGAUUAUCAAAAUUAUCAAAAAGAGUGUUAUUAAGCAAAAAAUUACGCGAAAAAUGAAAAUUGUUGUCUAA